UCGGGGGUCUCGAGUCGGGCUGCGUUUCAGGGAUUGUGGACAGGGGGAUUGCAGUCUUGUUGGGUGGGGGUUAAACUUUACAACGAUGAAGACGACUCUCACUGUUCUGGCUCUGGUCCUAUCUUCUGCUGCAAUAGCCAGUUCCAGAACACGUUUUAAUCGAUAUCGCUCAUGGAAUUCCCGCAUGUACCCAGUGUGGAGAGAUGGUGACCCCAGAUACAGAGACUGCUGGACAGGUGGAGAAGUGACAUUUGACAUCAGGAACGAUGGCCCCACCCUGAUGGGAUCCAAGGCUUCCUUCAACAUUGAUGUUCGUCCUCCCCAGAACCAGACCGUGCUGCCUGAUGGGCAGGUGGUGUGGACAAGAAACUGCACGGUUAACGGGACGCAGUAUGUUCAAGGUCAGCUGGUGUACCCAGAGCUUGACACUCCUCAGGAAUGGACCGGUGUGUUUCCUGAUGGAACGCCCUUCACUACAAUGUCCACCAGAAAGCCACAGUACAUCUACGUGUGGAAGACUUGGGGUCGUUACUGGCAGGUAGCUGGUGGCCCCUCCUCUUCACUGUCUAUUGGCACAGAUAACGUGCCCCUGGGUUCCUACAACAUGGAGGUGGUGAUCUACCACUGCCGCGGAAAAGACAAGUUCAUUCCUCUUGGAUAUGCAUCCACACAGUUUUCUAUCACAGAUCAAAUCCCCUUUUCAGUCACUCUGUCCCAGAUCGGUGAUGUUAACCAGGCCGAUCAGAGCUUCAUCCAGAAUCGACCUGUGUUGUUUAGCAUCAGCCUCCACGACCCCAGCCAGUAUCUCAGCGGCUCUGACAUCACCUUCAACUGGGACUUCGGGGACAACAGUGGAACCUUGAUCUCUAGGGAACCCUCUGCUAGCCACACUUACCUUUCUGCAGGCUCUUUCAGACCACAGGUGGUGCUGAUGGCUGCCAUACCGAAUGGAUGUGAUCCGAACCCCACCCUUCCUCCAGCACCUCCGGGUGUGGUCACCACAGGAGGUCCAGUCAUUGAUCCAUCCGUUGGCCCAGCAGAAGCAAUGGCGGUGGCCUCGGUAAAUCCACCAGUUCUUGCCCCCACUGAGCAGUCUGAUAUUGCUCUGGCAGUUCCUGCCUCUGAGGUUCCACCUGCUGAAGAUCCAGCUGCUGUGGCUGCUGAUGAUGCUGCCGCUGGUGAAACAGCCACAGUUGCAACCGCAGGUGCAGAACAGGCAGCAGAUGGCCUUGCGGUAAUCGAUGCUGCUGCCUCACUUGCUCCUCCUGGGGAAGCAGAGGAGGGCACAGUUCUUCCAGAAGCACCAGUUGUGGACACAGCAGAAGGUGCAGUGGACACUACGACUGUAGAGGUCCCAGCAGCUGCUGAAGAUACUGAGGUAGAGACAGUAGCACCUGCUGCCAAUGUGGUUGUUACCAAUGUAGAUGCUGCAGUUGUUGAGGUGGUGCCAACACUGGUGCCAGUUGAGAGUGAAGUUGUGGAAACAGUAAACGAAGCUACACCAAAUGAAGCUGCACUGGAUGAAGCAGAAAUUGCUGCAAGUGAAGCUGCAGUUGCAGCUGCACCCACUCUACCUCCAGCCACACAGAAUGAGAUAGUAGCUGUAAUGGAGGCAGGCACAGAAGCACCACAGGUCUCUCUGGUCAUCGCAAAACGGCAGGCUCCAGAAAUGCCAGCAGAAGGAAACUGCAUGAUUUACCGCUACGGCUCUUUCUCCACCACUUUGGAUGUUGUUCAGGGAAUUGAGAGUGUGGAGAUUGUGGAGGUAAACAAUGUUGCAGUUCUGGCCACAGAAGUAGAGCAGAAUGCUGUGGACCUCACCAUCACCUGCCAAGGAAGUCUGCCAAACGAGGUGUGCACUGUGGUGUCUGACGCAGACUGCGCCAGCCCUGUACAGACUGUGUGCAACUCCGUCACUCCAACCACUGAGUGUCAGAUGAUCUUACGCCAGUUCUUCAACGACACAGGAACUUUCUGCAUUAAUGUGUCCCUCACCAAUGAUGUCAGUUUUGCUGUGACCAGCGCAAGGGUCAGCGUGACCGUAGAUACACCUUCCACUGCAGGAGGCACUGCUACUGCAAUACUUGGCGUACUUCUGCUUGUCUGUGCUGUAGGCGGUAUUGCUUUGACAUACAGGAGGUUUAAGCAGUAUCACCCCCUGAACGAGGACUCAGGCAGCAGUUUGGGGAGCUCUGGAUGGACAUCUAUUCCAUUGCUGCUGUGGAAUCUACUGAGUAGGCAGUCGACUGGCGAAAGCCGCCCGCUGCUUCAGGGCAGAGUGGUGUGAACAUCACUAAUGCACACUUUCACAAAACACAGUUAAUAAAGCCACUGCACUCGAAGAACAAACGACACCAAGGACCGUAAUUCUAAUAUACACACAUAUUUAUACACCAACCAGCCACUUCAUUAAGUCCACCUCCUUGUAUCUAUGCCCUCUGAGCUCUGUAUGGUAGAGCAAAGUUAAUUUAUUACUUUUUUUGGCAAUAUUUUAUCCCAAUUUUCAUAACCAGCGUAUCAGUUUAAACACAUUACCAAUCAAUAUUUAUCGUUUAUUUUGCCUUUUUUAAUUAGAUAAAAUUGCCAAAUUCUAGAUUUUGAUACUUAGUUUUUAAUGAUUAGUUUUAAUACUUAGCUUGCUUAUAAUACUGAGACAACUGUAUACAUAUUAUAAAGAGCAACAUUUUUCUUGGUAAUGAGAAUGUGGUCAUAAUAAAAAAUAACCUCAUAUUUCAUAAAAACUAUGAACCAAAACACAUAAAGAAUUGUACAGAACACACAACUUUAAAUCAUUGAUGCUGUCUCAAAAUAAAUGACUGAAUGCAACUGCAUUUCAGCCAGUGUUACUUAUUACACUUCCUUAAAACUGACAUUAUACAGCUUUUCUUUGUUUUAGGUAAAUAUCUUACAAACUGACACAGACUGUGUAUAAUUAACACACUCUUUGCUAUCUGAUCAUGAUGUAGAAGUUAAUAUUUGUUCAAAGAUUAUGUGUAUUAUGCUUGAUGUGUCUGGACAAUAUCACACUGGAAGCUGUGGAAUAAAUACUUUAUUGGACUGUC